CAUCGUGGCUUCGGCUUGGCAGACGGGCCCUGCAUAACCGUGGUGCAGCGUGCUCGCGCGUACCUCGUUUCCUAGCGUCGUUCCUCUCGGCGUGUCGACGUCGUCAUCGUCGGAUCUCGCCGUUUCACGGGUAUUAGACACGGGUGCACAUGCGCCAUGAAGCGGGUCUGACGCGUGUCCGGUCGUCCCAUCGAGGAAGCACGAACUGAGAUCGAUCCUUGUCGUUGUCGAUGCUCCAAGGACACCAGGACAGUGGUAGUAUUCGAGUGCAGGUGCGCGGACUAGCCGGGUGUUGCUUCGUCGCGCCGUUUCUCCGACUAUCCUAGUGCACUGUGAUCGAUCCGACUCCUCGAUAUGGAACGAGAAAUUUGGCGACAAGGUUCGAGAACUGUGCCCCGUCGCCCCGAGUCGUCGCAUCAAUGAACAACAACUGCCCGUUUCGUCCCGCAGUGAUUAUGUAUCAGUGAGGGGUGUACUUUCUUCAAUCCGGGGUCAAUGUGACUGCUCUACUGUUGCAUUGUAUCUUUGUAUUUAAGAGAGCAGAAAACUAGAGUUGCUAGAUCUCGGAGUGAUUUCUUUUUUCAGCCAGAUGUGCCCGUGAGGGCGCGCGUCAACCCCUUACUAUACGACAAUCAUUUAUUUCGAUUGGGACAUUCCUAUAUUCUGAUAAAGUCUAGGCAAAAAGAGAGAGAGAGAGAGAGAGAGAGAGAGAGAGAGAGAAAGAGGAAGAAAGUCGUUAGAGCGGAGUUGCUAGUGACGUUCUUGAGUGCGGGAAAAAAAUUGCCGAACUAAGUUCAACCAGAGGGUGAAGCAAGCUUGAACGGUGGUGGAGGAAGAAGAAGAGGACGCAAAGAAAGAGAACCUGCGCAGCGGACGCCAUCUCCGCGUUAUCGGCAAGCGGAUCCCCCGGGACUCCCCCCCAAGCAGCUUCGGCGUCGCGCACCCUCGGCGGGAACUACCCCGCGACAGCAGCCACCCUGAUGGGAGUGUAUGAGGAGCGCGCCCCUCCUACCACCGGCAUGCACUGGCCGGCCAGCUCGCAGGAGCGUGGCAGCGGCUUGGCUGUGGGACGUCAAGGGGGGCCCGGCAGCGCGGGGGGGCCCGGAGCAGUGGACCAGGCAAGGGACCUAAGUCCCUGCCUCCCUGCGUCUAUGGGCGACGCUGCACGACCUACCACCUUACCGUGCAGUCCUCCUGCCGCCCACCAUCACGGGCCCCAUCAUACACCCUUGCACCAAACACACUGUGGAACUAACAACAACUGCUACGACGGACCAACAACCCCCUACGACUCUAGGGACUACGAUUCUCCUGCAGGUGGCCAAGAAUAUCGGAAUAAUCACGGUGGUUUUGAAAACCCGAGCGACGUAACCAUCCCUCACCAUCAUCAUCACCACCAUCAUCACUCGCAUCUGCACCCGCAGACCCACUCGCAGGAGCAACAGACCACGGACCAUUUGCACGCCAUCCCGAAGCUGGAGCCACCACCCACCCCGCCGGCGCAGUCCGAGGACGUUCCGGGGGUGGUUUGCGCUGGAUGCGGCCUCCGGAUAUCCGACAGGUUUUACCUGCAGGCGGUGGACAGGCGGUGGCAUGCGGCCUGCCUUCAGUGCUCCCACUGUCGCCAGGGACUCGACGGCGAAGUCACCUGCUUCAGCAGGGACGGAAACAUUUACUGCAAGAAAGACUACUACCGCAUGUUUGGGAGCAUGAAACGAUGUGCCCGAUGCCACGCAGCGAUCCUGGCCUCGGAGCUGGUGAUGCGAGCCAGGGAUCUGGUGUUUCAUGUCCGCUGUUUUUCGUGCGCCGCGUGCGCGGUUCCCUUAACCAAGGGCGAUCACUUUGGCAUGAGGGAUGGCGCGGUGCUCUGCCGAUUGCAUUACGAAAUGGGCGCGGAGUUGCACCCGUCGCAGAGUCCCCCGGUUCCGGUAUAUCCGCCUGGUCCUCACUAUCCUGGCCAGCCAUUCCCCUCCCCGGAAUUCCUUCAUCACCAUCAUCAUCAUCAUCAUCAUCACACGUCGCACCCGCCUCACCCGCAUCACUCGAUGCACCCGCAGCAUCCCCAUAGCCACGUGAGCCCAGUGCCGCUUCAGCCAUCCACGCCAUCGGUACCUGACGCCGGAUCACCACCUAAAGUACCGUACUUCAAUGGCGCCGCCGUCGUGCCACCGCCUAGACAAAAGGGCAGGCCUAGGAAGAGGAAACCCAAGGAUCUCGAAGCUAUGACUGCUAACAUAGAUUUGAACGCGGACUACAUAGAUAUGCCCUUCGGCAGAGGAGGGCCGGCGACUCCCGGCAUACCUGGAUCCAACAGCAGAACAAAACGAAUGCGAACGAGUUUCAAGCAUCACCAGUUAAGGACUAUGAAGAGUUACUUCGCGAUCAAUCACAAUCCGGACGCAAAGGAUCUCAAGCAACUUUCCCAGAAAACUGGCUUGCCAAAAAGGGUGUUGCAGGUCUGGUUCCAGAACGCCCGCGCAAAAUGGCGGCGCAUGGUGCUGAAGCAAGAGGGGAAGUCGGACAAGUGCGACAGCAGCGUGGACGGCGGUUCCCUUGGCGACCUUGAGCUUUAUGGCAACAGCACCGGAAGCGGCGGCCCGCCAAUGAGCCCUCCAUUCAUGUUGGGUGGACCGCACAGUCCGGCGUCCUUGGCGUCCUUGGACUGCGCGUGAUCCCCGAAAUUUCGCGUCCGGGACAGGCUAGCCGAACGAUUCGCGAAACGAUUCUCGUCGUUCAUGUGGUCCGGAGUUCGCGGCUACGAAGCCACUUGCAGCGACGGGACGAGCCGAUCGUUCCGUUCGAUCGUGUGAAUUUGCUACGAUUUCCCUCGCCUUUGGAAAAGAAUAAGAAUAGUUGUAAAUAAUUUAUUCGUCGAAGCAACUCGUUGCAUCUCGACUCGAUCGACUUGCUUCGGAUCAUUUUCUCCGCGACUGGGUGGAUCCACCGAUCGAGAUACAAAACAUACUGGCGUGGGACUCGAUUAGAAACGAGAGAGACUUCUCAGAGACGUGUGCAACACGCCGCGCGUGUACGGAACAUUUAUUCACAGUUUCAAUUAUGAGUGAAAGGGUGAAACAUAGGAUUUUCUUAGCGAGGACGUUCUCCGAGCGACGUUCGAUCAACGGGGAGAAAGUGGAGGCUGUAUCAUAAUGAAGAAUAAAUUAAUCGAAGGGUGUGGAAGGUUGUAUUUAUUGAGAGCGAGAGCUUGAUUUUUAAGACACGGCCGCCUGACACGCGUACGGGGAACCGUGACGUGAAAAUUUUACGUAUUCACGAAGCGUGUACGCUUCGACGGAACCCAGUUCGAAAGCGUUUGUAAUUAGUUCUCGAUGUCUAUUUAUUAGCGACUUAAGGUAAGCCUAGUUAAGGGUUGCGAACUUACCAGUGCUGUGUGAAAAUCCAACGUUUCCAUGGGGAUUGUGAAAGAAGGGAUGAACUUUGUACUUGGUAUUACGUGUUUAAAUAAACGCGUUUCAUCGAAUAUAAAGUUUGCCCCUUUGAGAGAUACGAUCCGCGUCUCGACCAUCGAUAUCGAUGGAUUGUUGGGCUCGUAGAUUGAAACGCGCGGAACGAAGAGUCACCGAAAUUGUGAGUUAAAAAAGAAAACGUUGGAUUUUAACGUUGAGUAAAUACGAGUAUAUAAAUAUAUAAAGAUAUAUAAAUAUAUUAUUUAUAAAUAAAUUCGGGUGCGUCGAGCGUGUCGAUUAACGAGUGUGACUGUAAUUAUUGCUCAAAUAAAGAACGCGGUGGAAAAUGGAAUAAACUGAAGGAGAAUGGAGUGGCAGGAGGGGUGGGGGUGGGGAUGUUAGAAUGAAUUGCGGCUCGCAUCGUGCCCGAUCGCGAAUCCUUGGCGUAAACUUCACGGUAAAUGUUGUAAAUAAAGGACGUUCCUCGAGUUUCUUAAGGCACCGCUAUAGGUUGUAGGGAUUCUAAUUGCAUUCGGUAGCGGUUCUGUUAGACAAGGUAAUAAUGAUGACGUCGGUUAUUAUUAUUAUCACUCUUAUUAUUAAUAUCCUUGUAACGAAUGGAACGAUUGUCUAAUUUUACAAGAUGAUUUUUUCAUUGAAUAUAUUUUGACAAUAUA